AUGUCUCUUCACCAAGACCAGCAGCAAUGCAAGCAAGGCAUCACCCUGCCGCCGGCACUCUGUAAGGAAGAAUGCCCAGAAAUUGUGCCGUGUCCAGAGCCGGUGAAAUGCCCUGAGCCAAUACCAUGUUGUCCAGUGAAGCCACCAUGCAAGGAACCACCAGUCCCAAUUCCUACUCCAUGCCCUGAGCCAAUACCAUGUCCUCAGGAGAAGCAACAGUGCAAGCUGCCACCAGUCCCAGUUCCUCUUCCACACCCUGAGCCAAUACCAUGUUCUCCAGAGAAACCACCAUGCAAGGAACGCCCAUUCCCAAUUCCUACUCCAUGCCCUGAGCCAAUACCUUAUUGUCCAGAAAAGCCACCAUGCAAGGAACCAAAAGUCCCACAUCCUCUUCCACACCCUGAGCCAAUACCAUGUCCUCAACAGAAGCAACAGUGCAAGUUGCCACCAGUCCCAGUUCCUCUUCCACACCCUGAGCCAAUACCAUGUUCUCCAGAGAAGCCACCAUGCAAGGAACCACCAUUCCCACAUCCUAUUCCACACCCUGAGCCAAUACCUUAUUGUCCAGAAGAGAAGCCACCAUGCAAGGAACCACCAUUCCCAUUUCCUCUUCCACACCCUGAGCCAAUACCAUGUCCUCAACAGAAGCAGCAGAGCAAGUUGCCACCAGUCCCAGUUCCUACUCCAUGCCCUGAGCCAAUACCAUGUUCUCCAGAGAAGCCGCCAUGCAAGGAACCACCAGUCCCAGUUCCUACUCCAUGCCCUGAGCCAAUACCUUGUUCUCCAGAGAAGCCGCCAUGCAAGGAACCACCAGCCCCCGUUACUCCUCCAUGCCCCGAGCCAGUGAAAUGCCCACCUUGUGUGAAGACGUGCCCACCCAUUGAACAGCAACAAUGCAAGCAGCAAUGCCAGUUGCCACCCAAUUGGAAGUAA